AUGGCUCUCGUGAUGGACCCCAUCAGCAAAUGGAGCCCGAAGCAGGUGCUCCAGUGGAUGAGAGGACUGGACGACUGUUUGCUGCAGUAUGUCCGAGUGUUUGAGAGAGAAAGGAUUUCUGGCGAGCAGCUGCUGCACAUCACCCAUCAGGAGCUUGAAGAGCUCGGAGUCACACGCAUCGGCCAUCAGGAGCUCAUCCUCGAAGCAGUAGACUUGCUCUGUGCCCUGAACUAUGGUCUGGAGACGGAGAACCUACGUUCUCUUUCCCACAAGCUCAAUGCUUCAGCUAAAAACCUGCAGAACUUCAUCACGGGCCGGCGGCGUGGUGGACACUACGAUGGCCGGGUGUGUCGACGACUGCCCAAUGACUUCCUCACCAGUGUGGUUGACCUGAUCGGAGCUGCCAAGAACCUUUUGGCCUGGCUGGACAGGUCACCGUUUGUCAGUGUCACUGAAUAUUCAGUGCUGAAGAACAACAUUGUCCAACUCUGUCUCGAGUUAACCACCAUAGUGCAACAGGACUGUACCGUGUAUGAAACAGAAAAUAAAAUACUCCAUGUGUGUAAGACUCUGUCAGGAAUCUGCGAGCACAUCAUUUCUCUGUCGUCUGAUUCGCUGGUGUCACAGUCUGCUCACUUGGAGGUCGUCCAUCUCACCAACGUUUUGCCCAAUGAGGGUCUGGGCAUGUAUAUAAAAUCCACAUAUGACGGUCUACAUGUGAUCACCGGCACCACAGAGAAUUCUCCUGCUGAUCUCUGUAAGAAGAUUCAUGCAGGUGAUGAGGUCAUUCAGGUCAACUACCAAACUGUGGUGGGAUGGCAGUUGAAGAACUUGGUGAAUUCUCUGCGUGAGGAUCCAAGUGGUGUCGUUCUCACACUGAAGAAAAGACCCCAAAAUUCAUUGAGCUCAGCACCGGGUCUGCUCAAGAACACCCGCUGGAAACCCCUCGCGCUGCAGCCCCUCUCCACCAGUCCAUGUAGUGAGUCUACGACGCCCCCCAGCACUCUGGGUGUCUCACCUGGAUUAGACACAUCCUCAGGACAUGAUGUGUUUAUACUGUCCCCUGCAUAUGGACACAGGGAUGAAGAGUUGGAGCGAGCUGGUUUUGGUGUUUUUGGCUCUGAAGGGUUCUUCAUGGAUCAAGAAGCUUUGGUGGGAUCUCACUUCCCCCUGCUGGAAGACGAAAUGGGCAGAAACGCAGGACUACGACGCAGAGACCGAACCCCAACACGGGGUGAUCUCCGGCAGGUCUCUCAUGCGUCCGAAUGGCUCGCUGAGCCUCAGGACUCGGGAGUUUACAAGCGAGGAAGCAGAGACUCGGACUCCUCCCUCAUGCGCUUCCUGAGUGACGACAGGAUGCUGGUAUUACAGGAAGAGGCGGAGUUUUCCCAACGCGACACUAGCCGGCGGACCAGGAAGAAAAGCCGCAAUCCCAGUAGCCCCAGUUUUCCCAUCAGCCCCUCCAUGCUGGCCCCGCCCGUACGGCUGGACUCAGGACCACCAGAAGUUCUGCCCUUCUCUCUGCCUGACACCAGCACCAUGCCACACUACCAUAGAGCCACAGACACACUACGAGCCGACGCUGACAGGUAUGCUGGAUCUGCUGGGGAUCGACAAGCAGGCGCAUCCAUGAGGAAGUCAGUGCAUUAUGCCUCCUUAAGGACCAAGAGCAAGAAGAAAAGUAGAGGGUCUCAGAGUAACUCAAGCAGGAGGCGUAUCGCCUGUAAGGAUCUGGGACAUGGCGACUGUGAAGGCUGGCUGUGGAAGAAAAAGGAUGCUUCCGGAUACUUCACCCAGAAAUGGAAGAAAUACUGGUUCGUCCUGAAGGACUCGGAUCUGUACUGGUACACCAACCAGAAUGACGAAAAGGCAGAAGGCUUUAUCAGUUUGCCGGAGUUCCGGAUCGACAGAGCGAUCGAAUGCAGGAGGAAACAUGCCUUCAAGGCUUGCCAUCCAAAAAUUAAGAGCUUCUUUUUUGCAACAGAUCACCUGGAGGAGAUGAACAGGUGGAUGAAUCGUCUCGGCUUGGCGGCGAUCGGCUACACUCCGGAUGACCCGGUGCCCCGUCCAGACGAAGAUUACUGGAGCGAGAGCGAUCAGGAGGAGGUCGAUGGAUCCAUGACGCUGAAACAGGAGUCGACUUACCACUGCAAUCCUGCCGUGACGUCGUCCAGCGCGUUUGGCGAGCGCCAUUUCUCCAGCGGCUCCACCUUCUCGCACUCGUCUGCCGAGGACUCGCACUCGUCCUGUCGCUCCACCCAUCGUGAGCGUGAGCGGCGCUCCUGGCAGGACCUGAUCGAGACCCCUGUGGGGUCUUCGGGGCUUCAUUACCUCCAGACGGGUGCCGGAGGGGACGGACGUGUCCCGAUCUCACCCGAGAGGCUGCGCCAGGCCACGCUGCCCGCCAGGCGCCGACGCCCACCUCGACACGACGGGCCGUUCCCACUGACGGACAGUGAAGAGCCCCGCCCACGAGGCCACUCCCACAAGCAGAGAAGCCAGAGCCUCCCGCGGCACCGCUCACACGGCACACUUUGCCCUCGCACCCGGCUUCACGAGGAGGAGGAGGAGGAGGAAGAAGAGGAGGAGGAGGAGGAAAGUGUGUGCGAGGUCCGGCAGCGGGUGUGUGAGGCUCCAAAGCGCGUGUGUGAAGAAUCUGACCCUCUGGAAGAGUUGUAUCGCUCUCUGGAGCAAGCGAGUGUCUCUGCGUUCGGGCAGCAGCGGCCCUCCACACGCCAGGAGUUCCGCCGCUCAUUCGUCAAGCGCUGCAACGACCCGGCCACUAACGAGAAACUCCACCGCAUCCGGGCGCUCCGCUCCACUCUAAAGGCUAAAGAAGGAGACCUUACUGUGAUUGGUCAGCUGCUGGAUGACCCCUGCCUGACCUCUCGCAAGUUCCGCGAGUGGAAACAGAGGAACCAAGAGCUCUUCCUGGAUAUCUGCGAGUUUAGCUCCGCCCCUCUGGAACUGCCCACUGAGCCUGGUGACCUUUCACCUCUGUCUCCGACACUGCUGAUGCACACACACUCCUUUAUAGAGACACACGUCUGAAACACAACACACACUCUGACAAACACCUACAGACUUUCAGCGGUGUAUCUGAAACAAAAAGAAGUCGACGUGAAAACAAAACACUGUGGCCCCGCCUCUUCCCUCUGAUUGGGUAUUUGACCUUUAACUGACAGCUGACUGAGCCACUGUAAGAGAGUGUUUUAGCGUGUCCUGGACAAACACACUGCUUUUUUCUUCUUCUUCUUCUUCUUUCGUCAGACGGAUUCGCGCUGUAUCUCAGCGCUCACACACGGAUCUUCUUUACAACUUAAAGAAAUCAAACAUACAUGACGUCCCUCUUACACCAGACGUCGUCAGUCGACCGAGACAUGCCGAGUGUCUGCGGCUAACGUAGCUAACGUAGCUAAGAAAUGAUAGAAGCUUGCUAGCCUUCUUAAAAACAUGACGUGAAGCCUGACUAGAAGUUCAGAUACUACAAACACUGUGAAGUAGUGUUGAAUUCACCAGGCGAUUGUCGACAACAGUUAAACCAUUUGAUGUUUUAUUUCCACAAAAUCCCGAAUCUGUUUGUCACGAUCUCGACAGAACUCUAGAGAAGAGAACGGGAUUAUGGGAUUGACAACAUGAGGAAGGACACGUUUGCCAACGUUUCCCUUAAAUUAGCCGAAGGCAAGCGUCCAGAUUAGCAAAUGUUAAUCCUAAUAUACAUGAAAUAGAAUAAUCUUUAGGCCACUCGGUCCAGACGGUAGCUUUAAUCUUGAUGCUAGCUGUAAGGUUCUGUGAACUCUUAGCUACAUUAGCCUGUAAAGUAGCGACCUUCAGACACUUGGACUACGUUUGGUGUAACUUGUGUACAUUUGAUUUCUUUUCUUUUUUUUCUUUUUUUUUUUUUUUUACUUUCACAAACUUCUCCAUUCCUUCAUCUACUCGUUUCAUCUCCAGGAUCCAGGAUUUUUUCCUGCUGGAGUUUUUUCGGAUUAUUUUCUCGGGACUCGUUUGUUUGUUUACUCGUUUUCUCCCUUCCCUCGGGAUGCUGCAGGACGAGCGCUCAUGUAGCCAUGGGCAACGGGCUUCACUCUGUUACCAAGCAACACCGCCCUACUGUGUUAACUCUCAGAGCAUGCAAGAGUGUGUGUGUGUGUGUGUGUGUGUGUGUGUGAGAGAGAGAGAGAGAGAGAGAGAGAGAGAGAGAGACUUGGAGAGGACUGAUGAGACUGAUGCACUUCCUGUAGGGAUGACAGCCUACGAUGCGUCUGUAACCAAACCUGGGUUGUGUAGAAUAUUUAGAACAUAGCUGAACUCCUGCAUGGUUUAAAAGUUAUUAAUCUACACCGAAUGAGCUGAUGAAGAGUCUGUAUAUAAGAGAAAUAUCCUUUGCCUAGCUGCAUCCUCUGUUUAAAACUGUGAACUUUUAAUUGUGAAUGCAAUCUUCUGGCACUGCAAAGACAGAAGCUUUCUAGUUUUCUUUUCUUAAAAAAAAAAAAAAAAGGAACACAAAAGACUAAAGCUUUGCUU